AUGAGCAAUUCAGGUGCGACAGCUCUCAUCGCAACGUGCUUGCGCCUGGCAAAACAGGCCUCGUCUGGAGCUGAGGAGAUCGAGAACAUAUUAGUUGAUAGGGUUAAUGAGGCCGAGACAGCAGAGUUGCAGAACCUACGAUUAUUAGCGACAAAAUUACAACAAUUGAGCAAUGAUGCAGCCUCGCUACAGGAAGCACUACAGCCGCACUCGAUUCUAUCAGAUGAAUUUAAAGCAACGUUAUCGACCCAGCUGUCAAAAUGCGAUGCCACAGCAUCCAUAGUCAUCAAACAGGUUAUGAGACUCGCAAAGGGCACACCCAGAGAAGCAAUCAACAGGGCAGUCAUCAUGCAGUAUGAGUUGUUCGCGGAGUCGACUGCGAGACUCCUCUUCAUUGCGACGCAAUUGGCCUCCAGCGGCUCUGCACAGAGUGAACGAGCGCAUCUCGGGGGCCAGGACACCAGACUGCUCUUAGCCGCAGUAUCAUCGGCGUGUCAAGAUACUGAAAGGUCAGCCGGUAUACUCCUAGAUGCAGAUACCAUCAGAUACACUGAGUCUUCGGGACCAGAUGCAUUUGACAUGAGACCUCCCGCAUAUGCUGCAAGAGAGGCUCUACCUCCGCCUUUUCAUGAACCGUCCACUUCUGUCUACUCAAAUACUGGCUCCGGCGAAGCGGACACAGGCGACGGCGUCGGUGGAAGUAGCAGCAGCAACAACCAAUCGUCCAGUGGCUUUCUUAGCUCUCUAGCAAGGCCAUUUAUGGCUGCCACCGCCGCAUUCCGGGCCAAGCCAGAGCCUUUAGUAGUGCCACUCUGUCACGCUGCCAUGACGGGCAAUGUAGUCCAGAUAAGGUCGUUGCUUAGCGAGGGGGCCAACAUCAACGGGCGAAACGAAAAGGGCCAGACUGCCCUCAUAUGUGCCAUAAUUGGUGGCCAGCUCGACGCCGUCCAGAUGCUGCUGAUGGCUGGGGCCGACCACUGCGUCUGUAAUGCUGGCCGCGAAGGCAAACCGCCUCUGUUCCAUGCAAUUGAUUCCGAAAACAGAAAAAUGGCUGAGUUGCUCCUUAGACAUGGCGCCGCUGCCAACCAGAGCGACGAAUGGGGCAAGCCAUACUUCACGGCGCUGGUAACCGGCGAAACGGCACCGGAAUGGAUUGCGCUGUUGCUGUCGCACGGCGCUGAUGCCACCACUAAAGAUAUGUCUGGGCGACCUCUGGUCAUACUGGCAAUGCAGAAGCGCAAGAAUGUUGAAGACCGUGACGAGGUCGUACGUUUACUUCUCCGCCACGGUGCAAAGCCCGACUCUAGCGACGCGACUGGCACGUCCCUUAUCCACAUCUGCGUGCAGCAGAAGCACUAUGAAUUCGUGCAUGAGCUGCUUGCUAUGGGAGCGGAUCCCAACGCCUGCGACAUGUCUGGCAAGUCAUUGCUCGUCACUGCAGUCGACCACGACGACCUCCAACUUGUAAAGGCUCUGCUGCAGCGUGGGGUUGACCCCAAUGCGCGGGACAUAUAUGGAUCAUACUUGAUUACAACUGUUCUGCGAAAUACCAAAUUACCAACCGCCAAUCGGGAGGCUUUGGCUGAGAUUCUCCUCAACCACGGGGCUCGAGGUGACAAGAUGGACUUGUGGGGAGUCACGGCGCUGGAGCACUCUUUGGCCAAUGCUGGGGACAGCGUCGAUGUUACUUCGGGCAACGCGAGAUUCAAGAUACCGGAACUACUUUUGAAACAAGGGGCAGAUCCGGACCAGCGUAUGACAAAGAUAUCCGGCAGGCCGACCCUGCUCUCAUACGCACUCGAACGAAAGCUAUGGAAACUUGCGGGGAUGGCGCUAAAACAUGGGGCUGAUGCCAACCUGAUGGACGAAGAGAAGGGUCGUUCGCCGCUCAUACAGGCGGUGCAGAUAGGAAAUGUGGAUGCGGUGGCAUUACUGCUCCAGCAUGGAGCAAAUGUGAGCCAGUCGGGGCGGACUUUGCCACUUGACGUAGCCAUAGCCAUGGGGAAGCCCGAGAUAAUCGAGCUACUCAAAGCACACGGUGCUGCUUCAGCAAGCAAUACUGCAGGCGGUGACGACGAGAUACAUUUGUCGAAAGAGGAUGGUGUUAAAUUUAGGUGGGAGGAAAUGUAG